CAAUAAAGUGCUGGUGUGAAAAUAGCUUUAUUAUGGAAGAUUCAACGUUUAUUACUUUCGUGUGUACCUACUGUGACAUACCACGACCGCCAUAUUUAAACCCAGAAGUAAGUUUGUAUAUUCAGUAUUUACCGCGCAGUUUGACAACAUAAAAUUACAAAAGAUAUUUUAUUUAUUAUCCAAGAACACACCCUUUAGUAUCUGACGUAUUAAGUGAUUUUUAUCGUAGUCCAUAUCUUUAAAAAUAUUGUUUUACGUUAAAUAAUAUUAUUAAAGUUUGAUCGUUUAUUUGGUAACAGUGAUUGGAAGAAAUCAAUUUAUAGAUAGAUUGUUUUCUUUAAAAUGUGUGAACAAAACGGUGGUUCGAAUUUUCCAUAUGAAAUAGAAGAAUUGAAACCUGAAAUAAGAGCGGAACUUGCUAAAUAUUAUGCAUCGGAGCCAGAUUUCGUGACUAUUGGACCGAAGAAGUACGUGUUCCUUCGGCCUUACUUGGAAGAUGUGGAGAAUGUGUACAACAUGUCGCUGCGGCCCAGCGAUGUCUUUGUGGUUACAUACCAACGAUCAGGUACCACUUGGACUCAAGAGUUAGUUUGGCUGUUAGCUAAUGACUUUGACUACGAAACUGCUGCCAAAAUUCCCAUUACUGAGAGAUAUCCUUUCCUGGAAUUGUUCAUGUUCUUCAACAAGAAAUGGCAGCAGGAUUUACUCGAAAGACACGAAGACAAGGAUAAGGCUCUGGCUUUGAUAGAGAAGAUAGCCAAACCUGUGUCAGAGAGGCUUCGACUUGCCCCAUCUCCUCGCUUCAUCAAGUCCCACCUUCCAAUGUGUCUGUUGCCCCCCAAAAUCCUGGAUACUGCGAAGGUCAUCUACGUGGCUCGGGAUCCUAGAGACGUGGCAGUAUCCUGCUACCACCACUCCAAGUUGUUCAAAGUAUUGGACUUCCCGAGUCCGUUCAAAGAUUUCUGGAACCUGUUCAUAAGAAAUCUAUUCACUGAGACGCCAUUUUUCGAGCACGUAAAAGAGGCAUGGGAGUUAAGGCAUCAUCCGAACAUGCUUUUCUUAUUCUACGAAGACCUUAUUAAGGAUUUACCAUCCGCAAUACGUCGCGUGGCAGAUUUCUUGGGCAAAGAAGUAACACCUGCACAGAUGGCCCGCCUGUGUGACCAUCUCAGCUUCGAAAACUUUAAGAAAAACGAUUCUGUUAAUUAUGAAGAGUUAAGAGAAUAUGGUGUCCUGUCUUCUGAAGAGAAGUUUAUGAGGAAAGGUAAAGCUGGAGGUUGGCGCGCUUACUUCGACGAAGAAAUGACACAACAAGCUGAAAAAUGGAUCGAGGACAACUUGAAGGAUACCGACCUGCGCUUCCCUACCGUUAAAUAAUUUACAUAGAUGGAUACCACAUACUAUUUACUGUGUAUUUAUAUAUAGGAAUUUAUAUUUAUGAUAAGAAAUAUUAAACGCGUAUGUUAAUAAAACAAACAACUACAAUUUACUUUUUCCUUUUACUACUUAUU